AUGCAAACAAUGAAUUACUUUUCAUCUCAACCAAAUUAUUACAAUGUAAUAACAGAGAUAAAGAAUAAUGCAGAGUCAAAGCGUAUCCCUUCAUAUGAAUAUAAAACUACACUCCAAAGAGCUUUAUUAAAAAAGUCUCCACAAAAUGAUACUCAAUUACAAAGCCAAAAAUCAAUUGAAGAAGCUUUGAAGAACUCAAGGAUGGGAAGAGAUGCUACUUUACCAGAUUCCAAGCAAAUUUAUGAAGAUUUCUUAAAUCUUGUCAAAGAUAGAUUAUCACCUGAACAGCAUCCGAUCUUCAUUCGCUAUCUUUCAGUCUAUAUGAGUGGAUGCAUCCCACAUAAAUUAUUUAUUAGGCUGUUUUAUCAAUUGAUUGGAAAAGUACCUCUUGAUGACCCAAUUAUGCUCAAUUUCCCGUCAUUUCUUGCUUCUGUCAGUUUCAACACUUUUACAACAAUCCGUGAAAAUUACACAAAGCCAGAAGAUGAAGCUUGUGCUGAAAUCGUCAUCAUAACAACAGUAAAUGCAUCAACUCCAGAAGAAUACCACUCAAUUUACAAAGCAUUCAAACUGCUUUCUGAGGGCUAUAUUUCUACGAAAAUUGCUAAAAAUUUGCUCUCAAAAUAUUGUCCGGAAGAAACUCUCAAUAAAUUAGACACAAUUGAGAAUUUCGCUAUCUUUAAUCCAGACAGAAUUCCUCACGAAUACAUUCUAUGCUCAGACUUUACAAAUCCUCUAAAUGAAAAAGAUGCAAUCACAAAGUUCGAAACUAACCCAGCCAAGAGCAGAAUUUCGUCAUUAUACGAGUCUACACCUUUCGAAACUAUCGAAAAUCAGCUCCAAUCUACAAAGAAAUUAAUAGAAAUGUUCAUUUUAAAGGAAAUCCCAACACAAGAGAGAUUAAUUCCAUUUUUCGGUAUCAAAAGUGGUGAAGUACUCGAGCAAUUUCCUAAAUUCAACCAAUUGGCCAUCAAACGCCUCAUUCAAGUUUAUCAAAAAUUUUUCGACAACUACAAAGAGUUUUCAUACCAUAGACUCAACCGUUUAACAAAUAACUACCUGGAAUAUCGCAUUACUUACAAGAAAGUCCUGAAAAUUCUUUAUGAUCCAGUUCAUAUGAAAAUUCCUGGAGUUCACACUAUCCAUCUAGGAAAUACCGAACAGAUAGCGAAAGCUCAUCAUUUAAUUGAUGAUUUCAUUUACAAAAUCUUUGCCGGAGAUGAAAAAUUGAAGAAUAAUUUUGAGCUUGUUAAAAAUGUCCUAUUCAAUGGAAAGCCACUUGAAGGCAAUGAUGCACUCAUUUCUUACUGUUUGGCACUUUCGGAACUGAUCAAAACUAUAGAUGGCUUUGAUACAACCGAAAUUACAAACGCAAUCAAGACAGAAGAUGGCUUACUUAAGUUAUAUUCGUCAUCUGAGAUGAGAUGCGUUGAUUUGAUCUUAAUCAAAGCAGUUCGCGCGAUUAAUAAAAUUUCCGAAAUUUCUGAGUUCGGAAUUGAGUCAAUCAAACCAAAACAGAUAUAUCUAACAUGUAUACAGGUGAAUGGUAAGGAUGCCACCGUUGAAACUCAGAUAACUCCACUCCAAAUUCAACCAGCUGAGAAAUAA